UAGAAACCGUUCUGGGAUAUUCUCCGUGUUAUCCAGGGGCUAUGUGGGUUUUCUAGUGGCUAGAUUCCAGUCCGCCAUGUUUCGUCGAAUCGAAGCCCGAGAGUUGAGCUGUCAUCGCAUUGUGUUGCAAUCUCUUAAAACUUGGAAUAAAGCAUGCAGACUAGAAAGGGGUAUAACACUAGCGGUAUUGAUGAUUGAAUAGCCCCCAUCCACUGCUUGACUUUAUAUGAGAUCCGUGUGCCAGUAGCCCUCGGUGUUUAGAGAGCUUGUAGGAUGCUGUCGCUUCGCCAUACACUCACUCAACAGGAAAUAUGCGUAACUACUUGUUACUCCCGCUGCUCUGUAGCUCCUCGCUACUAUAUUUCUGCAUAGCACAAGAUGACGGCUAUAUCGGUUAUGACCUCAGAAAGCGCGGUGACCCAGAGUCAGUCAAUUACGAAACAGCAGAUACGCCCGGCGUCGACCUCCCCCAGGAACCAGAUGUAUACCUCAAUGCUUCCGUCUCUGUAGGCGAGAUCUAUAUAGAGGUUGAUAACAUAACCGCCAAGAUAAAUCUCGACGCCAAAGUGUUAAAUCUGCUACAUUUUACAGCUGGCGUAUCCGCUUCAAUCGACAGAGUGGCUCUAAGGAUCGAGAACGUGAGCGCGAAGGUAGAGCUGGAAGCUCGACUCGGCAAUGUUGUUCAAAUGAUUGGGGAUGUUCUGAACACGAUCGAUUUAAAUCCCAUCGUCGCGACGCUCGGGAAGAACGUAGGAAGCAUCGUCGGAAACCUUACCGACUCGCUUGAGGAGAGCUCAACCUCGUCAUCAAGUACGGCUGCCGCAACCAACUCCAAGCGAGACAUACUCGAUUAUAACCUAGCCUACAAUAUUCUCUACUCUGUCAACGACUAUUCCGGUCAGACACACACUAACCGUAUUCUGGCACAGAACGGUAGCAUCUAUGAUUCCCUACUCGACAACAACGGUGACGAGCACAGCCGCCAGGUAGUAGGCUACUACAGCAGAGAUAUGACAUUUACUGGUCAUAACCGAACCAUCACUAUUGAUGGAAAAACGGAAUACGAGCUGUCUUAUGAAUACAAACCCUUUCCGGGUCUGGACGCCGUCGCAAAUAUUUAUGUGACGCCUGAGGGAAAGGUAGUGAAAACACAGGUUGUCGCUGAGGCACAAGGAGGAGGCACUAGUACGAUUAGUGAUGAUGAUGCCGACGAGGAGAAGGAUGCUUGAACAUUGUGUAUAUAUAAUUGUUAAUUAAAUACAUGAUUGCGGCUGAAGAAGACCUAUUGACUGAAGAAG